GAUACUGAGGGGAUUCGAUGGGGAACAAAAUCUCACUGGUUGCGAAUCCCAUUUCCUGGAAGCCACGACCAAGUAUUUUAUUGGGGGAGCCAAUGGAGUAGCUUUCCUUUUAAGAUCUCGGUUUCAUCUUCACCAGCACCUGCCUUGUUUCACCAAAUUCUAAUGGCUUCUUCUGCUGCUUCUCCUUCUUCUUCUUCGAAAUGUAAAAAAAAUUACGAUGUCUUCUUAAGUUUCAGGGGCACUGACGUUCGCAAUAACUUCCUCAGUCAUCUUGAGACAGCUCUAUACCAGAAAAAUAUAUCCUAUUACAUCGACAGCAAGGAAAUGAGGAAAGGAGAUCAAAUACGGCCGGCGCUUACGAAGGCGAUUGAGGAAUCGCAAUUUGCGAUCAUCAUUUUCUCCGAGAACUACGCUUCCUCGUCAUGGUGUUUGGAAGAGUUAGCGAAAAUCAUGGAGUGCAAGACACAGAAGGAUCUGAUUGUGUUGCCAGUGUUUUACAAAGUGGAACCAAGAGAAGUGAGAUGGGGUAGAGGGAGUUAUGGGAGAGAUAUGGCUAAACAUGAGUCUGAUUUUGGGAAAGAUUCGCACAAAGUGAAGAGAUGGAAGAAGGCUCUUUUUGAUGCCAGUGAAUUGUCUGGGUGGACCUUGAAUGAUGAAGUUGAAGCGGAGCUUAUAAAGGAAAUUGUGAGCAAGAUCUCUAUGCAGAUUGACCAAAGACCCGUACAUGCUGCUGAGCAUCUGAUCGGGAUACAUCUUCGACUGAUAGAGCUGAAUUCAAUGUUAAAACUCGGGUCUGAUGAGGAUGUUCGCAUGAUAGGAUUAUGGGGACCAGGAGGCAUAGGGAAGACAACUUUAGGUUUAGCCCUGUACAAUAAUAUUUAUAGGCAAUUUGAGGGUUCAUGUUUUUUGGCGGAUGUUUGCAAAGCUUUGGAAGGUCCCAAGGAUUUAGUUGCUUUGCAAAAACAAUUGUUGUUUGACAUAUUACCGGGACGAAGGUUAGUGGUGUCUAAUGUUCAUAAAGGUAUUAGUUUAAUGCAAAAUAACCUUUACCACAAGAAAGUUCUCCUUGUUCUCGACAAUGUUACUGACAGAAGUCAGUUAGAUGCUUUAGCUGGAAAUCUGGAGUGGUUUGGUGCAGGAAGCAGGAUCAUCUUUAUAACGAGAGAUAAGCAUUUGCUAAUUUCUUGUAGGAUAGAUGAAGAUUAUAUCUAUGAAGUUAAACCUCUAAAGAAAUGUGAUGCUUUUGACUUUCUCUGUAGACAUGCUUUUUCGAGUAACAACAGUAGAAGGAGGGAUCUUGUGGAUAAGGUUUUGCAUUAUGCUAAUGGACAUCCUUUAACACUUAAGGAAUUGGGUUGUUACCUGUAUCGUAGAAGUGAAUGUGAGUGGGAAAGUUCACUGCGUAUUCUCACCACAAUUCUUAAAAAAACCAGCAUUGAUACUUUUAAGUGGAGUUAUGAUGGACUAGAUGACAACGCAAAGGAAAUCUGCCUUGAUAUUGCCUGUUUCUUCACGGGGUACUCUAAAGAGUAUAUUGUGAAAGUUCUUGACUCCUGCGACUUUGAACCUACUAUUGGAGUAAAAGUUCUUGUUGAGAAGUCCUUGGUAACUGAAGAGAGAGAGACCCUACAGAUAUGUAACAUGAUUCAAUUGAUGGCCAUGGAUAGCGUUAGACAAGAACAUCCUAGCAGGUUAUGGCUUCUUGAUGAUUUUCGUAAUGUUUUGUCAGGGCAUUUGGUAAGAUUUGUUGGUGUUGAUAUUGAUUUUGCUCUCACUAUUUAAUUUUGUAUACUAAUUGCACUGCAAAUUCUAUAAAUACAGGUAGCAGAUGCAUUACAAUCGAUAGUUUUAAUUUUACCCAAGCCAGAGAAGAUAAACAUAGGUCCUAAUGCUCUCUCAAAAUUGAGAAGG